AGAGCUGCUGCAGACAUGCGUACGGCGGCGAUUCUUCUGGUGGCGUUGGUGGCGGGGGUGGCUGCGGACCCCGGCUUCAAGGGCUUCGGCGGCUAUGGGGGAGUGGGAGGACAGGGCAAAGGUAAGGGGGGCGGAGGUGGUGGGUUGAAAUAUGAGUACGUCUAUGUCCCCGUCCACGUUCCCGUCCACCACCACACCACCGUCAAGUAUGUAGGUGGAGGUGGAUACGGCGGUGGUGGUGGCUACGGCGGCGGUGGUGGUGGCUAUGGCGGCGGUGGUGGUGGCUAUGGUGGUGGUGGUUUUGGCGGCGGUGGUUUUGGCGGCGGUGGACACGGUGGAGGUGGAUACGGCGGUGGUGGAUUCGGUGGAGGUGGUCAUGGUGGUGGUGGUUAUGGCGGUGGUGGAUUCGGUGGUGGAGGCCAUGGUGGUGGAAUCAUCGGUGGAGGAGGUGGUUAUGGUGGUGGUGGUCAUGGUGGUGGUGGAUUUGGUGGUGGUGGAUUUGGUGGAGGUGGAUACGGUGGUGGUGGUGGAUUUGGUGGUGGUGGUGGACACGGCAGCGACAUCUUCAUCGGUGGCGGCGGCGGCGGCUAUCAUUAAGAGUGUGAGAGGAGGCAACGUUCUUCUCCCUCUUCUCUCCUCUUCUCUCCGUCUCGCCGUCUGUACCUUCACUCCCCUUCAUUCACUCCCGUCCGUCCACUCCCGUCCAACCACUCCCCUCCGUCCACUCCCCACAGCCCACAUUACCUGUCUCAACCACCCUCCACCCCCUCACCCACUCACCUCCCCCCUUUUCACCUGCUCAACCCCCCUCACCAGUACCUCAUUACCCCCCUUCCCCCCUCGUCUCGGUUACCUGAAGCAUAUGUCUAAUACGUGUUUUGUUCUCGUUUCGUCGCUUCCUGCCCGUUCUGACUCACGUGAUUUUUUAUUAUUAUUAUUAUCAUUAUUUUCAAUGAAGUAUUUUUAAUAAUAAACUUUACUGUAAAUAUA